AUGAAUACGGAUGGAGCCUCACGGGGCAAUCCAGGACCCGCAGCUUCUGGUGGGGUCCUCAGGGAUGAGCAUGGUACGUGGAUUUCCGGUUUUGCUCUCAAUAUCGGUGUCUGCUCUGCUCCUCUAGCGGAGUUAUGGGAGUUUACUACGGCCUCUGUGUGGCAUGGGAUAGACGCAUUUCACAUUUGGUCAUCGAGGUGGAUUCGGAGGGACUGGAUAGUUCGGGUUAAGCAUGUUUACAAAGAAGCGAAUCGUGUGGCCGACGGGUUAGCGAACCACGCCUUCUCAUUUCCUUUAGGUUUUUAUUUAUUUACCUCUGCUCUCGCUGAGAUCUCAGCGCUGUUGUUAGAGGAUGUUGAUGGCUCUACACGAGCUCGAUUUGUAAGAACAGAGUAG